CUCACUAUGCAGACUAGGUCCUGGUCCUAUGAGAGGGAUUAAAAUAAAAUACACAGUCCAGAAGACCAAAUGAAAGAAAAAUAGGAUCGAUCAACUAUCCUGAAACAUAAGGACUGCAAGACACCAGAAAGUGCAGGAAGAGAUGUUUUUGACCUUCAUCUUGUGACAGACAAGUCAUUUUAGCAUUACUCGUGUUGUAAUACAGGACAUCACCUGCACCAUAAGAUACAUGACCAAUACACCAUGGGAAAUGAAACCACAGACUUCACUGACUGGCCACUAACAACAGAGAUUGACUACAGUGAUUCGACACCUUGCCCUGCAACUGAGGAAAAGCACUUUGCAGCCAAAUUUUUGCCCCCUCUUUAUUCUUUAGUGGUGAUAUUUGGCCUGACAGGCAACAUGCUUGUUGUCCUUAUCCUGGUCAAAUACAAGAGGCUGAAGAGUAUGACUGACAUCUACCUCCUCAACUUGGCCAUUUCUGAUUUGCUGUUUGUAUUUUCUCUCCCAUUUUGGGCUUAUUAUGCAGCUCACGACUGGAUUUUUGGGGAGGCGCUCUGUCGAAUUCUGUCAGGUGUCUACCUCCUUGGCUUCUACAGCGGCAUCUUUUUCAUAAUCCUGUUGACCCUGGACAGGUACCUGGCCAUAGUGCACGCUGUGUUUGCUUUGAAAGCCAGGACGGUUACCUACGGCAUCCUUGCCAGCGUUGCCACUUGGGCUGUUGCUGUUCUUAUUUCUGUCCCAGGGGUAGUAUUUCACAAAACUCAGAAGGAAAGUUCAGGCUAUACUUGCAGUGCUCAUUAUCCAUCAGAGCAGAGAAAUACAUGGAAGCAAUUCCUCACUUUAAAAAUGAACAUUCUGGGACUUUUUGUCCCAAUGUUAAUUAUGAUCUGCAGCUACACACAAAUUAUAAAGACAUUACUGCAAUGUAGGAAUGAGAAGAAACAUAAAGCAGUCAGGCUUAUUUUUAUUAUCAUGAUUAUCUACUUUGUUUUCUGGGCACCAUACAACAUUUGCAUCCUCUUGCGUGAUUUUCAAGGUGUGUUUUCCAUCUCUACUUGUGAAGGAAAUGGUCAACUGCACAAAGCAAUCCAAGUGACAGAAACAAUCUCAAUGAUCCAUUGUUGUAUCAACCCUGUAAUUUAUGCCUUUGCUGGAGAAAAAUUCCGGAAAUAUCUUCGCAGCUUUUUCCGAAAGCAGAUUGCAGUCCGCUUGUGUAAAUACUGUCCUGUUUUCUAUGCUGACACAGCUGAACGAACGAGCUCCACCUACACACAAUCUACUGGAGAACAAGAAGUUUCUGCUGCCUUAUAAUUUGUGUCUAGUGAAAAAACAGAAUUGACUCUUGUGAGAUCAACUCUGGGAUGAAAGCCUGCUGAAUUUCUCCUGGAUAUUGUCUCUAAGGCAGGUGAGAAAAAAAUCACGGAAUACAUAUUUACCAAAGUUUGAAUUCACUCCCAGACUUGGGUAUUUGUAAUUACAUGAAAAGGAUGUAACAAGUUACCUGAUUGGGGACCUGAGCUAGCAGGAUUUUUGAAAGUGAACUAGAGGUUAUAAAGGUACACUAGUUCUUCGGAAACAUUUCUUGACUGUACAUUACACAACGUAUCUCACUCAUUUAAACUCAGUCUCAGUCAUAUUUUUGACUAUGUUUGGUUGUGUAUCUUUAUAAAUAAUGCUAAAUUGCUAAGGUCUCUCACACAGCAUGGAAUGGAAAAUUUUAUACACUUAGAAUUGGCUCUGAUAUUUCAUGGUAUAUUUUCCUUUGCGUAUGGUUGAGUCCUAACCACCUAGAUCUUUCUUAUAAUAGUUCUAACUACUAGGGGUAUUAGGAAUAACUUUUGAGUUUGAUACUUCUGAAGACUCUUUUUUACUCAUCUGCUGUUUUAUAUGUUACUCCUUGUAAAAAGAUAAUAUAAUUGAGCUAUCAUUAAAAAACUAAUGUCCUAUAACUGAUUAGAAAAUCAGUGUGGUAACAGUAUUUUAAAAAUAAAGUGUUUCACAAGGAGCUUUAACCAGGUUGGAUCAAAUGUGAAGAGUGAGUCAACAGUAUUUUAGCUCUUUAGUACAGUGAUUUUGCUCGCCAUUUUUUGUAGCCUACAUAACAGAAAAACUUAAAAAAAAAUUAAUGCAGGCAUAAUGACUGCCAAAUCACAACAGUGUUAGAGGUAUGAAAAUUGUUUCCGAACUGGAUUGACACCAAUGUUUUUAGAGAUAACUGUAUGUUAUAAAAAUUUAAGAUAACAAAACCUCUGAAUAAGUAAAAGUAUUACCUGUUCUACAGAGUCAAGGGCAUAGAGCAUUUUUGUUUUAGAAGCUGGUAUCAUUUGGGAGGCUGUGAAAAUAUGUUUUUUUGCCAUUUGGGAGUUUUAUAGAGAGCAUGAACUUCCAUAAUUAGUAAGACUGGUGGUUAGAUGUGACUGAUUCUGCACAAAGCUCAGAACCUGUAAAGCAUGGGAACACAUAGAAAACAUGAAAUAAAUACUAGGAUACUGAGGUGUUUAAGAACACAUCAUAAUCACAGUAAUUAUUCACUUGGGGCACAUUCUCCUUCUAACACUUCUGAUAUUUCUCCUAAGACAUAUGGUAUUGGACAACUUUGGAGACAGAAAAUAAAAAGUGAGUAUUUUGUUUGCUGUUCCUAUCCAGAAGGGCAAUUUCUGUUUCUCAACUUCUCUAGACAG